AGGGAAAAAAACACAAGCAAAGAAAAGACUUUUGUGAAGCGCAUAAAUAAAAAUGGAAGCCACAACAAACAGCACAGAAAGCCACACAAAGCUGCAGCUGGAGGAGGAGCAGCAGCUGGAGGCGCCACAAGCGGCGGCGACGGCGACGGCGACGGCAACAACGGCGACCAUCAUUGACAUUCCAGCGAGUGCUGCAAUCACCUUCGCCUCCAGUUCCUUCGCCUGCUCCUCCUAUGACACGGACUGCAGCACGGCGAGCAGCACCUGCUGCACCCGCCAGGGCGAGCACAUUUACAUGCAGCGCGACAAGCUGCAACCUGCAACAAUAGCGGCCACAGCAGCCGCCGCAGCAACAACAACAACAACAACAACAACAGCAACAGCAACAAAUCAACACACAGCAUACACAGCCACAGCCUGCAACCUGCCGCCGUUGGAAACGGAUGAGCUGAUGCUGCUCAAGUUCGAGCACCGCAAGCAUUGGCCAUGGUUCAUUCUGAUGAUCUCCGUCAUUGAGAUUGCAAUCUUCGCCUACGACCGUUACACAAUGCCCGCCCAGAACUUUGGCCAGCCGGUGCCCAUACCCAGCGAUUCGGUGCUGGUCUAUCGACCCGAUCGCCGCCUGCAAGUCUGGCGUUUCUUCAGCUAUAUGUUCCUGCACGCGAACUGGUUCCAUUUGGGCUUCAACAUUAUCAUACAAUUGUUCUUUGGCGUGCCGCUGGAGGUGAUGCACGGCACCGCACGCAUCGGUGUCAUCUAUUUGGCCGGCGUCUUUGCCGGUUCGCUGGGCACCAGCGUUGUCGACUCCGAGGUGUUCCUGGUGGGCGCCAGCGGCGGCGUCUACGCCCUCCUGGCCGCACAUUUGGCCAACAUAACGCUGAACUAUGCGCACAUGAAGUCCGCAUCCACGCAACUCGGCUCUGUGGUCAUUUUUGUCUCCUGCGAUCUGGGCUAUGCCGUCUACACGCAGUACUUCGAUGGCGCUGCCACGCCCGCCUUUGCCAAGGGCCCGCAGGUCUCGUAUAUAGCGCAUCUGACCGGCGCUCUGGCCGGCCUGACCAUUGGCUUUCUGGUGCUCAAGAAUUUUGGACAUCGCGAAUACGAACAGCUGAUCUGGUGGCUGGCGCUGGGCGUCUAUUGUGCCUUCACCGUGUUCGCGAUUGCGUUCAAUCUGAUCAACACGGUGACCGCACAGCUGAUGGAGGAGCAGGGCGAGGUGAUCACACAACAUUUGCUGCACGACUUGGGCGUGUCCUAAGCAACAAGGCAAAUAUACAAAAAACAAAAAAAAAAAAUAUUCAAAGCAGGAG